UCAAUGCAUCUUGGAGUAUACAGUACCACUCUACGUCAACGACUGGUAUAUGUGAAGCUGUUUCUCGCUUUUGUUUAUAACAGAUCCAUGUCGGGCAAGGUGUGCACGUCAACCAGGAAUGCGGGCAACAUGCAGAAAGCAGAGUGCGACUCCAUGUUUCGCAAGAUCACUGCUGCUUCCAUAGGGCUGCUUUUGACUACACCUGAAGAAGGAAGGUACCGCCAGGCUGAAAGGGCAGCCCGGCACCAGAAGAUACGGCGGUACCUGUCAGAAAAGCUGUCCAAUCUCAAGAGAAUUCACUACAAAGGCUCAUCCCUUUGCUGCCUUUCCUCCCCCGAUGCGUGGUCCCACCACGGACUGCCCAUGCUGUUGCAGGUCUGCCAUCGCUUGCACCCCAUGUUGUAGCCUUUUUACCCUUUUUUUCAUAUUAAUUUAGCUUAAUUUAUAUAUUGCCAAUACUAUUGAAAUGAAACAAAUGUACUAUCGCAGCCAAUAUGAGCUGAAACGCCACUGCACGUGGCACGCGAUGAGAGUUGUCUCUCAGAUUGUUCAGCAAACCUUAGUAUGCGUUGAGGUAGAAACAAAUCACUUCUUGUGCUCGUUGCGCCACUAUGCCGUUCCGUGUCAAUUUUCAGCUCAUAGUGGCACAAUGAGUGCAAGAAGCAACCUGCCUAAACCUCAGCAAACACAGAGGUUCCCUGAAAAUCCGACAGGUGGCUCUGAUAGUACCACACGCCAAGCGUCAUGGCGCUUCAACUAAUAUUGGUCACAAUAGUACUUCCUCAAAUGUUCCUGGUUUUUCUGUACCACCUAGCCAUUCCGCCCAGCGAAACAAUGUAUGAUUUCAUAACUUCAUAAUAAAAAUAUCAAAGCAAUGCAGCUUGUUUGACUUUAUUCUUAUUAGUAGCUGCAUUCGCCGUACUCAAAUGUCGGGCUGGCGAUUACCAGUGUGCAGUGGACAAUAUAAUUAAAUUCUAAGUGGGAUAUGCACCUCGUCAUGCUCUACGCAUGGCAUAAUUAAGUUUCCAGAUUAUGCAUUCACAUAUUGUUGUGUUUUUUAAGUUGUGGCCAACUCGAACUGUUUCAAAUUAGCCAUGAAACCACCAUAAUCAAACCGUAAAAAAUAGGCGUCUCAAAAUACGAGAGGUCAUUCGGCCAUCAGACCAAACCAACAGACCAUCAGGCCAUCAAACCAUCAGGCCAACAGACUCUCAAACCAUCAGGCCAAUAGACCAUCAAACCAUCAGGCCAACAGACCAUCAGGCCAUCAAACCAUCAGACGUCCCAAAAUACGACUUCAUCAGACCAUCAGGAUUUUCCUGAUGGUCUUUUUGAUAGGGUACACUUGGGCUACAAAAAUUUAUUGUA